GGGGGAAAUUCUGUCAAUGUCGCCAUGUAAAAUGAUGGGAAGGUUACGCAAGAGCAAAAUGAAAUUCAAGUUAGGCGAAGCGAAGAGGCUACAUAAUUUGUGGCUAUUUUGCAAAUAAGCAACCUUUUUGGGGAGAUUUUUCUCAAGAGGGCAGAGCUCCAGUCGUUCUACGUGCGUAUUAUCCUUUCAAAACGAUUUCUUUUUUCUCUCUUUUUUUAAGCAGAACGCGAAUUUUUUUUUUUUUUCCAGUUCGCCCCUCAAAGGGGAAGAAGAACGAUCAGGCGAGCCUCUACACGCAGGAAGCACCAAUUUGUGGAAGCCUCACAAUGAAAAAAUUGCAAACGAAAAUUAAGCAUACUUGAGAUGUGAAUUUCAUUGAGUGCGCCCUCUGUUUGUUCUUCCAACCCGGUCCACCUCCGCGGAAGGGAAGGAAAGGGUUUCGCACGUGUGGUGUAUGGGCGUAUGGCUAUACCGGUGUAUUAUGACCAUAUUAACUCACACACUUGCGGUGCGUGGAGGAAUGUCCAUACUACCCCCUACAUACACUCACAUGUCAUCACGUGCGAUCGGAUGCCUCUCCCCGCAAGCCAAGCCAGGUCACACCAUAGCAAAACAGAACAAAACACCAAAUGACCGCGCACACAGAACAUGCUAUUUUUAAUUAAGAACCUGAUUGGAUGCGCACUUCUCCUGUUCGUGGUGAACACACAUCUGCAUGGGAGAUGGCACAAAUGGCAGGAGGAACUGCACUGGGGCAGAGUCCUCAACGGAGUAAAGACCCCCAGUUGUGUCCAUCCGAACAGGAAUAAGUGGCCAUACAACAUUAACAGAAAUUGCAAGCCAAAAAGUUACCUGUACGUUCAGAAUAAAAAAAGAAGGAAACGCCAGGCGUACAAGCUUAACAGGUAUAAGGCCUGCUCGAUUUUUUCAAUCUUUGAUAAGAGCAAUGAGGGGAAAAAGAAGAGGGGGGGGCGGCCAUCCGAUGGAGGAGUACCACAGGAGGGGAAGCAACCCAGUGCAGAAGUACCACAGGAGGGGAAGCAACCCAGUGUAGAAGUGCCACAGGAGGGGAAGCAACCCAGUGUAGAAGUGCCACAGGAGGGGAAGCAACCCAGUGUAGAAGUGCCACAGGAGGGGAAGCAACCCAGUGCAGAAGUGCCACAAGUGGGGAAACAACCCUCCGGAGGAGUACCACAAGUGGGGAAGCCACCCACCGGAGGAGCACCACCGGGGGAGGUGCCCCCGCUGAGCACCCCCCACGGGUGCGAAUCGGAGGGAUGCAUCGAGCUUAGCAACCUGGAGAGCAACCCCAAAGAGGCGCUAAAAAACGUGGCCACAUACAAACAGCAUUUAGAAAACUUCAAAAGCAGAGUGAUUCUAUCGCUUCAAACGAUCUUCUGUUCAUAUACGAAGGGCAUAGAUAAGAAGGACAACUUGAGAGGCUUCGUCCUCCACAUACUGAGCGACUUUGAGCGGAAGCACCUCGAGCACACACACCUAGCGGAUGUGCAGAAUAUGCGAAAUGAAAAAGUGAGGGAAGAAUAUCUGCAGAGCAAUUACAACUGCUUCCUCGAUAUCGUUAAGACGAUUGAGGAGAAUCUGUACAACAUUUUAUUGUAUAAAAUUCAGUCCGUCAAGUUGAAGGCAUUGGACGAUAUUAAAGAAACGGUCCUCUCGCACAGGGAAAGCAACGCGGAUUACAUUUCCUACGUUAAUCAUGUUAAUAAAACGUUCGAAGCGUAUGAAAAGAAGUUGCAGAGUUUACUCCCCGCGAGUUUUAAAUUUUCCCUAUACGAAAGGAUGAGCAGGGACAGCGGCGUUGCGGAGGAGGAGCAGCGGAAGCGGCAUCCCUCCAGUCUCUCCAACUUUGCGUACCACUUUCCGAUGGAAAAAUAUGAACAGUUAAUAAAAAAAAAUAUAAAUUACGUAAAAAAAUUAUCGCACGAUUUGACCAAAAAAAAGAAGAAAAGGCUCAUUAAAGAAAUUGAGCGAAGCAAGAAUUAUCAAAAUAUUUUACACAUCAUAGACAAUCAACAAAAGCAAAUUGAGAUUUUGCAGGAACAACUCGAGGCAAACGUGGAAGGUUUCCCUGGGAAGUACUCCCCCUUCCACUGCGCAGUUGCCUACAGGAUCCCGGACACGAAUUUGAACAUCUCAACGCAGUACGUUAAGGGGAAAUUUAAUGUCAAGCUGAAUUGCAUUCCGGACGACUCCUUGCAUUUGUUGGGGUCGUACGGGUUUGUGAAGGCCCUCCCCUUCGGUAACUUGGGGCUGUCCUUCUCGCUGAACUUUUAA